UGUUCAGCUUGUAUGGAGCAGUUUGCCCGCUUCGAUGUACUCGAACUGGGUUGCAAGCGCCAGGACGAUGCCCUUUUUCACGCUUAUUGCAGGACCUGCCUGGUUGAUCUCUUCCAGACCAGUCUCACGGACACAACCCUCUUUCCGCCCCGUUGUUGUGGCAAACGCAUCCCAAUAUCUGCUUGCGUCCAACUCUGUCCGCCAGAGCUGGUGAGACAAUAUAAAGAAAAGCAGAUUGAAUUAGCAUCGCCAAACCCAGUGUACUGCAGUAAUCGGUACUGUGCGGAAUUCAUCAAGCCCGAAAGCGUCACAGCUGAUGUUGCGGUGUGUACGAGCUGCCGGGCAGAAACUUGCACUGUCUGUAAGAAUCCAAGACACAAAGGGCUGUGUCCAGAGGACCCAACAGUACAGAUGUUAAUGGAUGUGGCCGGGAAACAGAGGUGGCAAAGAUGUCCUAAGUGUAGGACUAUGGUCGAAUUACUCGUGGGCUGUUACCAUAUGCGAUGUCGAUGCGGUGGGGACUUCUGUUAUCUCUGCGCAAAGCCCUGGAAGACAUGCUCGUGU